AUGGGCGUUACAACUGUCGUCGAUCCUGUCGCCAUGGCACGGGUCACCUAUCACUCGAAGACUGACUUUGCGACCGCCGAGGCGCGUGUUCGGGCUUCACUUCAGAAGGACCCCAGAUGGUUCAAGUUCCAGGACAACCCCAGUGAAAAGGCCACGAGUGCCGAAGAGUUCGAACGCUUCAUCCGCCCUGGAAUCGGCCCCCACGGAUUCAUGUACUUUACCGAAAUCAACCACGGGCUCUGGAUGCGCUGGUUCGACGUCCCCACAGCAAAUGUCACCGACCCCAACACGGGCAAGCUUCGCCACCUCCGCGCAAUCCGAUUCAUCAUCGGGAACCCUCUCCUCGCACCCAUCGUCCUUAAGCAUGACCUCGACUGUGGUCUCUCCGUGCCAGCGGAGUUGUUCCUGGUCGAAAAUCCAGAUGGCACAGUGCACUUGAUCAGAUUCAAGAUUGACUGUCUGAUCGCAGGACAUUUGAAUGCGAAUGCUCCUUUGCAGGAGAACGCCAGGUUCAUUGACGAGAAGAUCGAUCAGCUUUGCAGGCAUGUUGUGGGCGAUGAUGAGGUCCCUCGGGCUCAAUCAUAA